AAAUCUCUAUCACAAUCAAGUCAGUCGAUAAACGGUGUCAGUCAGGAAGAGUCAUGAACAUUAAUGUAGCUAAUUAAUGCUUUGUACAGAUUACAUAAUUCAAUUUGAAUUUUUAUGUUAAAAUAUUCAAAUCUCGAUCACUAUCAAGUCAUUAGAUAAAAGGAGUACGCCAGAAAGGGCUCUAGAGUGUUAGUGUAGGUAUAAUUCAAAAUGCUUCUAUUAAUAUUGGUGCCGAUACUUGCAUUUUUAUUUUGGUUGUGGUGGAAAAGAGAGACAAAUGAAAAUGAGCCACCCGAAUACGUUUUUCAUUUGGAAUGGCGCAAACUUCAUAAUGUUGUGAGUGAUGGCGAACGUCUGUGGAGACGAGCUAAAAAAAUGAGCGCUGAAUGUCUUAAAAGAGAUGGAACUAUGAAAAUGACAAUAGGGCCUCGGACUGUAUACGUUAUAACUGAUCCUGACGACUUUCUGACUGUUUCAAAUGCCUGUUUAGAAAAGGAUCCAUUUUACAAUUUCUGCAAAAAUUGGCUUGGUAAUGGACUAAUCUCUGCACCAACUUCAAAGUGGAAAGUGCAUAGAAAACUAUUGAAUCCAUUAUUUAGUCAACGCGCGGUCGACAGUUUAAUGGAAGUAUUUAAUAAUAUCUCUCGUCAACUCGUCGAAAACCUAGAAGUGGAAGUUGGGAAAGGUCCAUUUGAUCAUUACCCUUAUACAAGACGUAAUGCUUUGGAUACUAUAUGCAUGACUGCUUUGGGAGCAAAGUUUAUGGAAAAUACUGAAGUCAGAAAUAAAUACAUACACCUGACAGAAACAUUGAUGAAGAUUUAUAUUUCGAGACUGAAGAAUUUUUUUUAUCAUUAUGAUUUUACUUACAAUUUUUCGAGUUUAAAAAGGGAAGAAGACAAAUGUACUGAUACCGUGCGCACUAUCACUAACGCAAUACUUAAUCAAAUCAAAGAAGGCUCUAAGAAUGAAGAUAAGUGUUCUAGUACAGAAAAAAACCAAUCACAAGGUUUAAAAUUUAAACCAUUUAUAAGAGUACUUUUGGAGAUGUUCUCUAAUAGUGAUGCCUUCACUGAUAGUGAUAUAAGACAACACGUAGACACAUUCGUUGUUGCUGGUGAAGAUACUACCGCUGGAGUUUCUAUGUACUGUAUGCUUUUAGUGGGUUCUUAUUCACAAGUGCAAGAUAAAAUAUACGAAGAGAUAAAUGAGAUUUUUGGUGAUGACGAAAGAGAUGUAACAAAAGAAGAUCUCUCAAGAUUAGUUUAUUUAGAAGCAGUAUUAAAAGAAACUAUGCGUUUCUACCCUAUUGUUCCGAUAAUAGGACGACAUCUUGACAAGGACGUUAAAUUGCGUAAUUGCACCUUAUCAAAGGGUCGGACUGCAAUAUUAUCGAUCUAUGGAAUACAUAGACAUCCAAUGUGGGGUCCUGACGCUGAUGAGUUCAGACCGGAACGGUGGCUUUCUCCUCUAUCAAAUAUUCAAAAAAUGUUUGCUGGGUUUAGCAUGGGUCGAAGAAUUUGUAUUGGCAAAACAUAUGCAAUGGCGUCGUUGAAGGUCAUAUUGGUUCACGUUUUUCGUAACUACAUUAUACACAGCGAUCAUACAAAAUGUACAUUUGAUUUGGAUAUCACGCUAAAACCUACUUCUGGGCAUCACAUAACAAUUGAGAGAAGAAAUAAAAACAAACCAAGUGCUGAAUCCUAAUCAAGCUUAAAUUAUUAUUUUUUUAUCACUAUUUAACUAUUAUAUAAUUAACGCUUAGGAAAUGUUGUUUGUUAGUGUCUUUGCGACGAUUUUCCAGAUCGACCGAGCUAAAUCUAUUACAUCUUAGGCUAAAUCUAUUUACAUACAUAUAUAUUUAUAUAUAUGGAGUAACAAAAUCAGGUGUUUUAAAAUUCAACUACUUUAUUUAACAAUUACAAAAACGGCUUUGUCAGCUACCUUCUAAUGCCUUAUAACAUCUGUUGCUCGAUUGUUCAAUCACAAUCUGUUUACCAUAAUUCUCUAUUACUGAGUCACGUGCUUUUCCUUUCCUCCAUCCUAUUUCCAUAUUUAGCAAUCUAACUUACAGACUAUACUCGAUCUGCUAGCCUAUAAACAUAAAAUAAUAAAAAGAUUAAAAAAUAUUUACUCCUAUAGUACAUUAAAUAUCUACUUUUCCAUGACGUCAGCCUCAAGUCAGCAGUAUGAUGUUUGGGAAGGAUCCUCUAUACUCAGGUCCUAAGGUAGAGUUCUCAGGUCCGAAUGUAGAGUACCAAAAAGAUUUUUUUCCUGGUGAUCGGAAUUUGUUUGCCCUUUACGGAAUCUACUUUUUUAAGAUUAUCUUGACAUCUUCCCGCAUCAUAAACGUUGUCUCUGACCGUAACCAGAGUGCAGCCGUCCCGAUGUUGGAUCUUUUCCCCACGAUAAGCUGUCGCAGCAGGUAAAUAUCUCUAGGUUUGACUCUCGGAUAUCCACCGUUGAGUUUUAUUCAUUUUGCUGUGACUAUUGCAUUUUGGUACAAGCUUCUAAAAGAACCAAAACGUACCUCACAGAAACACCCCAGACUGUAUUGCACCCGGUCUAUAAAAUAUAUGUAAAUGUAAGUAUCAGAUUUUACUAUUAGCUUUUACUAAUUACUCCUUUAACAUUUAAAUUAACAUAAACUUAAAUAUUAUGUAUCAGAUUUCGGAUAUUUCGGAUAGUAAGUCUAAGCUUAAUACUGUUUACUAGUAAAAUUAUUUAUACAAAUAAUAAUUGAAAGCAUUGAUUACUUUAUGGUUUAUAAGCAGAAAUUUUAAAGAGUUGCGGUUGGGUGCACAGUUGCUACAGAAUUAUUAGCUCGUGAAACCAAUGUGAUAAUUAAGGCAUUAUAAAAUUCAGACUUUAAUAAAACAAAGCGGUCUUUCGUGAGGAUCAGAACGAAAUCGAAAUUAGACGUGAGGUUUUGAGGAUAAGAUUAACACUGAACUAAAGUAAACGUUAGAAGACAAAAACUCCAGAACUGAUUAUUAUAUAAGUUUUUAUGUACAUAAAUAAUAUUAAAUUUAAAAUUUACCCAUCUGUCAGUGGCGUGCACAUCAUGUAUGCAAUGAGCACUGCUUUCAGUACCCAUACAACAACUAAACCUACAUUGUUUAAUUCUUACUUAUAUACUUUUAACCAUACAUUACGCAAUACGAAUGUUUACAGACAUUUAGUAUGUCCUUAGAAUCACGAUGCACGCUAUAGAAACCGAGUUGAUUGUCAAAUGAUAAGAGACAAUUUAAUUUUGUCGAUAUACCGGUCAAUUUUUUUUUCACCAUUUUGUUAUUAUUGUCUUUCUAAGCGCAAGUUAAUAAUUUUUUAUUAGUUAACUAGCUGUGCCCACGACUUCGUCCGCGUGGAAUAGUUAUUUUGGGUAUUUGGACUUUGUCCGUGUCAAUUUCUUUUAUAUUGUAGAACUUUAGUUUUAAUGUUUUCAAAAAAAUAUAUUUUUUUUAAAGUACUUCUGUGAAAAAUA